ACUUGGUCGUGGCAACACCAGCGGCAUGGAUCUGAAGCAGGCACAGAGCAGGCUCAGCCAAAUACUGAAAGCCCACAAGCCAAACUAUCUGGCUGGGCAUAUUGAGGACUUGCUGCUCAGCGCAGGCCAAACCUCGAAAUUAAGUCCAAAGUUGGCCAAAUGGCUUAAAUGGUUGCUGGUUAUCAUAGUGCUGCUGGCCAGCUUGAAGUACUAUCACGAGGAGCUACAGGGACAGAACUGUGCCCUUUCCUUGCCGCGUGCCUUGCGGUAUGCUCUUCGCCCACCCGAGAGUUGUGAGUUCUGUGUGAACAUCCAAAAUGUGCCACGCCUCCAGGAGAUCAGUCCCAAGGAGUUUGAGAGAAAAUAUGCAUACAGCGGGGCGCCAGUAAUUGUCGGCGAUGCCACACAAAAUUGGACAGCAACGUCGCUCUUCAACUACUGGUACUUUCGCGAUGUGUAUGGCAGGGCGAUGCGAAAGCAACGCAUAAGGGACUGCCAGUUUCUGCCCUACAAGACCGGAUUCCAGGACAUCUACGAGGCCUUGGAAAUGCCAGAGGAGCGGGUGGCACUGCAGGAGGGUGAGCAGCCGUGGUACUUUGGCUGGAGCAAUUGCCAUGCGGAAACGGCCGAGGAGUUUCGCAGGCACUACGGCCGACCCUACUUCCUGCCCGAAAGCUCCGAGAAUAAUGCAGUUGAUUGGUUCUUCAUUGGCACCUCCGGCCUGGGGGCACAAAUGCAUAUUGACAAUGUGCGACUGCCCUCGUGGCAGGCACAGCUGGCAGGGAGCAAGCGCUGGCUGCUGGUGCCCCCACCCGAGUGCUAUUUCCAGUGCCGCAGCUUCGAUGUGGUGGUGCGGCAGGGCGACAUUAUUGUCUUGGACACCAACAAAUGGUACCACCAGACCUUUGUCCAGCCGGGAGCUAUCAGCCUGACCAUCGGUGCUGAAUAUGACUAGACACGACCGGCUCGUGGUGGAUUUUCCGCGCAACAGGAAACGGCAGCCUCGACAUCUCCAUCGCGGAGGCUGUGGCCAAAACAAAACACGGACAACUCUGGCUUUAGCUGUAACUGCAAAUGUAACUGUAACUGUUACAGUAACAAACUUAACUUUAACAUUGCAUAUUUUUCUCUAUGUUUGCCAGCCGGUUUGUUAAUUAAAUGCCAAAA